AUGUCGAUCUUCUACUGUGAGAAUGAGUUCAUCACCACCAUCAACGCUUACGACUCCACCGCGCUCCUGAAGAUGGCGCAGUGCCUUCAACGACUCCCGACAUUCGAGUUUCGCGACUUCGAGCUCAAGGUAUACACGGAAACAGUAUUUCAGUCCCCGUCGUGGAAGAAUCUACUCACGUGGAUGCAACGCUACCACGCCCACGAGGUCACCGGGGGCAUCGCGUCACCGGAGGAUACGUUGACAGAUCCGAAUUCGGAUCUGCACGCGAUCGCUGUGAACAGUGUCUUCUAUGUAGCGGAGUCACUGAGAAGCUUGCUGUGGGAUCAAGUUGAGAAGAUCGUGACGGGAAUGAGGCCACUGUUGGUAAAAGCAGAUGCUCGCUGGGGUGAUGAUUGA